AUGCUCGCUUCUGCAUCAGCAACACAACAACCAUCCCUCCAUCCUCCACCACCGAACAGCAUGGCCUAUUUGGGUGAAUGGUUUCAUCAACAUUCCAUCAAUAGAAUUACUCCUCAUGAUAUCAGUAUUGCUGUUUUAAUUGAUAUCAUGAGCAAUCAAGACUCCUUCAACAACACCACACUUUCCAAUACUAGUGAUGCAUCUACAAACAAAUUUAUUAUAAAUUGUAUUCAACAUGAACAUACACCCAUUUUCGGAACCAUUAAUAGAUUCAUUACUGAAUUAACCAAUGUCAAUCCUGAUCUAGUUCAACCAUUUAUUUCAACAUUCUCAUCUAUUGAUAGUAUUGAUACUUUAUUCACCCUAUUUGAUCAAUUUAAAACUAUAGAAGUGAAUAAGACCUCUAUAUAUGGAAUAUUUCUUCGAAAAAUUAUUUUAAUAUUUAAUAAUUUAUUAUUUGAUGGAGUCAAGACAUUAUUUGAUAAUAUUAUGAAGUACAAAUCCAAUCAACCAAUGUUACUUUUAAAUAAUGAUACUAUUGAAUGUACUUUUUCUAAUACAGGCAAUAACACCUUUCAUCGUUCAUCUAAACAUACAAACAAUAAUAAUAACACUUUACAUCCAACUGGUCUAUCAUCAGUGAGCAAAAUAUUUCCAAAAUUAUACUAUCAUAAUUACAUUCAAAGUUGUAAAGAGCUUGAUUUUAUGAAUGCUAAUUUCUUUCUUCAUAUUUAUUAUGAUUACUUUCAAAAUCGAUCGUAUUCUGCAUUAAACAAAUCUCUACUCUAUUAUCAUUUUAAAUAUUACAAACAAGCAACAAUUUCCUUAAAAGAGAGUAUUAAAAUUGCUCAACAAAAUAAUGAACAUGAAUCUCUAUUAUUAUCAUUAAUCAUUUUAUACAAAAUCAAAAUGAUUGAAUAUUUUCAUAAUGAAUCAAAGAAUGUUGAAUUAUUUAUUUUACAAGCAUUGAAAUUUGCACAAACUCAACAAAACAAAUCACUCUCUUUUAUAUCCUUUUAUAUCACUCUAGAUUAUAUUCAAUUCAAAUUAUUAACUGGAUUUCAUGAUCAAGAAAUUACUAAACAAUUAUAUUUGUUAUUGAAAAAAUGUGAACAAGUAUCCUUUCAAGAAUUUCCUAUUCAACAACAACAACUCUACUCAAAGCCAUUACUAUUGAAAGAAUUAUUUCCAAAAUCUCUAUUGAAUCAUGUCAAAUCACAUUUUUAUCGAUUCAUGGGUGAUCGAUUAUUGUAUCAAUGUCAUUUGAGAUUGAAGAGUGGUGUGGGUGGUAGUAUUAGUGGUAGUAUUAAUGGUAGUAUUAAUGGUAGUAUUAGUGGUAGUAUUGGUAUUGGUAAUCAUAGUAAUACCCUACGAUCACCAUUGACAUCCCCUAUUCGAUCCAGCAGUACUGCUAGUCAAGGCAAUCAUAAUCAUUGGAUACAAUCACCCAUCCAAUCACCACUCUCAUCUCCUCUACAAUCACCCUCCUCUAAAUCCUCAUCAACUGCCUUAGUACCAUUAGGGUUAACAAGAGAUGUUUUAGAUUUAUAUUCAGAUUAUGAAUUAUUAUCUUCAAAAUCAAUUCCCAAUUCAGAUCAUACAUGCUAUCGAUUAAUCAUUGUUCAUUUCAUUCAAUUACAAGAUCGUGAAAAUGUGAACAUUCUCAUGAAUCAAUUCAGAAAUAUUAUGGAUCCAUCAUUGAAUAUUGACAAGUGUGAUUUAUUAUAUUUGAAUCACUUGUAUCCUAUUAUAUUGAUGAAAAUAUUCAUCAUGCCAUCUCUAAAUUCAUUUCAUGUUUUAAAUUAG